GAAAAAGGAGGAAAUAAACCAACCACAUCGUCACGGAGGGGAGUCGGAGGAAAUGGAAGUAAAUGUGAGCAAAGGAAUUUCUUCUCCAUCCUGGAAAUCAGUGCUACGGGAAAGGUCCAGGAAGAGACCAGAGGGGGGUGAUUUGAGAACUCCGGUGGGUGGCGAUGGAGGCAGGGGGAGAGAGAUCUGUCUCUGUAAUUGCAGGCUUUUCAGUGCAAGCUGGGUUCUUUCUUUUUCUUUCCCCCCUCCCCUCCCUCUCUCCUGCUCUCGCAAGCCUGAAACCUGCUGAAUAAUUCAUAAAGAUGAGAAGCGCCGAAUUUCCCCAGGCUGAUAAUACAGUGUGCAUGCUGUAAAGCGAGAGAAGAUGCUCCAGGUCUUCAGAUGAGCUGCUGCCGCUCUUGAGGCCAUUGCCCAGAGGGUGCUGGGACUCCUGGUAUUUCCACAGCUGAGGCUUCUUUUUUUGCUGCCUUGCUUGCUUCCUCGCUCGCCUGCCUGUCUUUGGGCACUCGUUGCUGCCUGCACUCCACCAGGAGAAUCUAACUUUGCUGCAAUCAUGGAGAUGUGGAUGCAAGCUGUGGAUUUCGCCCUCCUUCUGCUUGCCUGGCUUGCAAACACCAGCCUUGGAUCCAUCGGCAAGCUUGUUCUUUCGUGAUCUGGCAUACUUGCAGCCUCCUCUGUGUAGAAAUACGGUGAAGAAGACUCACGUAUCCCUUCUUUCACCUCUGCCAACAACUGACUCUGGAGACCUGGCACGAUCUGAGAAGUUGGUGUUUUUCCAUGGGAUCCAGUUUUACUCUCUGCCUGUUUUGGAGAUCACCGUCUACAUUCUGGGACGUCAUGUAUGUUUGGUACUUUUCUGACAAUCUGCUUUGGCUCCUGCUGUGUUCUACAUGGUCUAGGAGAUUUUCCUGGAUUUCUUCCUGGCUCAGCUUAGCCUUCUCCAGAACUGAGCAGUGCUGAGGUUGGUCUGGAGCUACCACACAAUGCCCAAUAUCUCCUUCUCCUCUUCUUCUUCCUCUUCCUCCUGGAGCUCUAGAUCCUUGCAACAGCUGCUUUGUGAAGAAGACUCCCUGGGGACGAGGAUCUCUUUGUCUCUCUUCUACUUGCUGCUAGCCAUCUACGGGACCAUCUCCAACAUCAUGGUCAUCUACCUGGUCUUCACCUUCAGGAAGCUACGCACCACCAGCAACGCUUUCAUUGUCAACGGUUGCGUUGCGGACCUGAGUGUCUGUGGCCUUUGGAUGCCGCAAGAAGCGGUGCAGGGACUGCUCCCUUCUGGGUCCCCGACAGUGCGGUCAGAAGGGUACCGCUUGCUCCGUGCUGGGCUGGUGGGCCUUGGGCUCAUCGUCUCACUGCUCUCCCACCUGCUGGUGGCCCUCAACCGCUAUGUCCUCAUCACCAAGCCGCCCAUCACGUACCAGGCUGUUUACCAGAGGAAGCACACGGCCUGGAUGAUCAGCUUGUCCUGGGGGCUGGCCCUCCUCCUUGCCUCCGUCCCCCCAGGACUGCAGAUGUGGCAACCCAGCCGGCAGGAGUCUCAAAACGGCACCAGUACCAGGAGCUCGAACUACGUGGGCCUUCUGGUAGCCCUGGCUGUCCUCAUCCAGACAGUCCUCCUGCUCCACUGCUACAUGGGGAUUGUCAGGAGGGUGAGGGGCAGUGUCAAGCGUGUCAGCGUCCUCAACUUCCACCUGCUGCAGCAGCUCCCCUUCCCAGCAGCCCCGGCAGCUCCCCGCCGUGCCCGGCGCCUGAGCAGCAUCUCUGUCUUGCUCCUCUGCCUCGCGUUCCUCCUGGCCACUCAGCCUCUGGUGUGGGUCAGCUUGCUGGGCUUUUUCUUCUGGCCCAUGCCCCGGGGGCUGCAGAUCACCAGCUGGCUGCUCUUCUGCUCUCUCUCCGCCUUCAACCCGCUGCUCUACACGUGGAAGAACGAGGAGUUCCGCCGCUGUGCCCGCUUAGUGCUACCCGGAGGGGAAAACCCAGCGGUGGCGGUAGCCGCGGCAGCGGCCACUACUGCCCUCCCCACAGUGUCUCUUCCCUCUCAGGAGCCGUCGCAGCUGGGGACCAAGGUGGAAAGUCUAGGCAGCUUAGUGCUUCACUGACACCCCCCCUAAAUUCGCUCGCUCUUAGGUGAAAAGGUGUUGGGAGACAUUGGCCUUGGACUCAGGCAGGGGUCAGCAAAGUUUUUGUGGAUUGGGCUGGUUCACGGUCCCUCAGA